AUGACAGGAGGACAAUUCUGCCGCCUGAUCUCUCCCCUCUGGACCGCCGCCGCCGCUUGUGUCAUGGUUACUGUAUUGUAUUUCCUUUUGUUGACCACCAUCCCAAUCAGUGAAUGGAAAUCCAUGCCAAGUGGUCCACCAUUUUUUGAUCCUUCUCGGACCUGCCAAGGGCUCACCAUCGUUCCGAGGGCUACUGUGCUGUGCCGUAGCCAGGUAUUGUACGGUAUGCCUAUUGCAAGCGCACCGCGCCCGAUGGCCUCUUCCACCACCGCCGCCGCCGCCGUCACCGUCACCGUCACCGUCACUCCUGCCGUGACCCUCUCGUCGAGUUGCCCUCACGUCCAUUUCCAUCCAUCGUCUGUCACCAUAGACGAGUUGAUCGUCCCGAGUCUCGCACUUACAAUUAUCGUUUCUGCCAUUUCCUUCCAUUUGUUUUGGCACAAGAAGUGUCAGUUCGCAUUCAUCGACCGAGUCAUGGGUGCUCUCAAUCACACCCAUCUCCAAGUCUACUCCACUCCCUCCUCGUGUUGGGCUGGCGCCAGAUCGCUAGAAUCCGCAAUCCUUUCAACUGCUUUGAAGCGCAUCCUGCAUAAAAUGUACAAUCUCUUCGCUGUCACGCCAACGAGUGACUCCUCCACAGCCCCGCCACUUCUCAGACCGGCCCACUUCGCCAAUGUCUUCUCCACUGAUUCAGAACACAAAGGCAAAAUAGGCAAGGAAGAAGAACGCUCUAUCAACAUCAUCCUGGAGCGACUGCGCAGCCAUGGCAUUGCCACCAUCGUCGAGUCAAAUGCUCGAUACGCGUUACGCGCCAACGGAGGCGAUGUCGACAAGGCACUCAGUUUACUCAUUCUCCUGCAGGAGACCUACGAUGGCAUGGUCCGACCAUAUGACCCUCACAGGCGGCUCGUCGGCGCCAUUAAUCGUGAAUCAGUGACGUGUUACCUCGACGCCCUGCUGUUCGCCAUGUUCAUGCGCUUGGAUAGCUUUGAGGCGAUGCUAUAUGACUCGCUUGAGGAUCCGAAUAAAAAAAGACUCGCGGGGAUGUUGAGGUUAUGGGUGAACAUGAUGAGGACAGGGAAGAUCAUCACCACCGAUAUCACCAAGGAUCUACAGGAGGUACUCGCGAGCUGUGGUUGGACGCAGGCUGCAAAGCUGCUGCAGCAGGAUCCCUCGGAGGCCUUCACUUUCAUUACGGAUCAAUUACAGCUUCCUCUACUCACUCUGAAGAUGGACCUUUACCACACAGGGAAAGCUGACCUGGCCGAUGACCACAAAUUCGUCAAUGAGCGCCUUCUCGAAGUCGCGGUCCUCGAACAGCCCCGAGAGGGCAAGGCCUUUGUCACUCUCGAGGACUGCUUAGAGCAAUAUUUCAAUAACAGGAUUGAGGUGAUGCGGUAUCUCGAGAAUCAACGACAAAACUCUUUCAAAGCCACAGGGUCCAUGGAUUCGAGCUACACCAGCCAAUUCGAGAAGGAAGUGGGCGUUCACAUCGAAGUCCUCGAAGUAGCAGGCACGCCACUGGUGCAAACCCCAAUAUCCGACGAGGCCAUGUUCCCUUUGAAAGUCAAAGACCCGGUUUUGGCAAGAUUACGACCGGAAGCAGGCCGGAAAAGACAGGACAGUAUAUUCAGUCAGAGGAGGUCGGAACUCGUCGGGGUCGAUCCGGGGGCCUCGCAGACGCCUACAUCAGACUCCAGACCCAGCCUGAAGGCUAGCUCCAAGACCGAGGUGCUCAUGCCUGCCUGGCAGUUUUUCAAGCUUCUUCCAUGGUACACAGAUCACAUGCCGACCUCAGAUGCACAGGUCGCAGCACAUUUCGCGACAAAGCGACCCGUGCUCGGAAUAUGCUUGAAACGGUAUUCCUUCAAUACAUCUGGUCAGGCCACCAAAUUGGAUACGCACAUCGAUAUCCCUCUAGAGAUUCAGGUCCCGAACUUCUUGAGCGACGAGCAGCUACAGGAUGACAUUGACUCUGGGUCUAUACCGGUCGGUGGAAAUUUCCGUCUCCUAUUACAGAGCGUGGUGUGUCAUCGCGGAGUCAGCGUUCACUCGGGACACUACGUUGCACUAUGCCGAGGUACGCCAACCGUCGAGCAGAGACAUCGACAACACCAAGCGCAGGCGCGAUCUGAGUCUAGUUCUUUGAGCGAAGAUCAUGACGAGCUUCCAGACCCAUGGGUGCGAUUUGAUGAUCUUGCUAAAGAGAGAGUGACGGUCAUCGACAUUCAUGAAGCUUUGAAAAAGGAGACGCCCUACCUCUUGUUCUAUCAAGUGCAGCCGAUCGGGGAGGACGGAAAGGAGAUCCAUGAUCUACCUUCAUACGCCGAAGCCACAUCCCGUGCACAAAGCGACGUCGGCCUCUCGGCAGAAUUGGAGAAGGCUGACAGGGCCGAAUUCAUUGAAAACGCACCCAAUCAAGAUACCAACAACACGCCAGACGCCGUGCGAGCGCGCUCCAUGCAAGGUGGCAAUUCUAUUGGUGGGUCACGAAAUUCGUGGAACAGCGCCGAAUUCUCAGAAAGCUAUAUCGUCCAACCUGGCGCGAGCAAAAGGAGCAGCAGAGCCUUGUCUGAACCCGAACUUAUGACAAGAGGUGAUCCUCCAACAUCGAAUAACUCUUCAUCAACCAAAAAUGGCUACUGUCACAGUAAUGGGGCUGGAAACUCGUUUCUUGCGAUUGCAAGCCGUUUAGGCAACGCCGGGAGCAAGUCUCGCGCUUCCAAGAGCAGCGGUGCUGCUCAGGGCCCGCGACCAGCCAGUAGCGGUUCAUUUGAAGAGAAGGACAGCAAGUUCACAUUCAAUGUCGCGCGACUCACACAGAAGCUGGGUCGGAGUCCGGACAAGGACGUGACGGGCCCGGUCCUACUUCCGCCCACACCAAGUCAAUCUUCUUUCCCGACGACACAGCUCGAUGGUGUCGAUGCGCCCGCGAAUGGAAGUCACACCGAACUCGCCCCUUCAAGUUCAGACCACACGGGAAUUUUAGCGGAUCGCCCGUCGCUCACUCUCCCGCGUUUGGAGACAUCAGAAAUCAAGUCGGCACGCCGACCGUCAUCAGCAGCCUUCACGGCGCUGCCAGCAGUGACCUCAUCCGGGUCGACCUCCCAUGAAGCUGCCCAGCAGAAGCGACACGAGAAGGCGCAAAAGCGAGACAGACAAGGCCGAUCACAGGAGGACCGAGACUGCACGGUCAUGUGA